AUGUCUCGAGUAAAGUUUAUGGUUAGGUUGCGCGGGCGCCGGCUAUGUCGACGCGCGGCGGCGUGCUUGAUAUCGUGCGGUCUCGUAUCUACGACUUGUGUACCUACAUAUAUAAGAUAUGGCCAAGUGACGAAGGGAAAGCGAGGAUUAAAAAUUAAUUUAGGUGCUUUCAUGUUCGCCGAUAAUCCAGAGUUUAUCAAGAUAUCAAAUCAAGAGGAUUAA